CUCUGGCCAAAAGAAACAGAGCAGACAAGCCGAAAACACAAAAAUUUUUACCUACAAAACGUAUUCCGGAAUUUUCUGUUCGCAAAAAUUUUUUUGCAUAAAUAAUUAGCAAAAAAAACAUUUUUGAGGCGUAUAAUUAAAUUAAAUAAAAACGCAGUCAGUUCAGAAAGCAAAAUAACUGCAGUGAUUUAUUAAAAAUUGUGAUUUAAAUUAGUGUAUUAAAAGAAAACGAGAAAAGCAAAAGACAAAUAUGGAUGAUUCACGCGAAGAGAAUCAAUUUAUUGUAGAUGAUGUAAGCAAAAUCAUAAAGGAAGCUAUAGAAUCCACCAUUGGUGGCAACGCCUACCAGCACGACAAGGUAAACAAUUGGACGGGUCAGGUGGUGGAGAAUUGUCUGAGCAUGUUGACCAAGGAACAAAAACCCUACAAAUACAUAGUGACCUCGAUGAUAAUGCAAAAGAAUGGUGCCGGUCUGCAUACAGCCUCCUCCUGCUAUUGGAACAACGAUACAGAUGGCAGUUGUACAGUACGUUGGGAGAAUAAAACCAUGUAUUGUAUUGUUUCCGUUUUCGGUUUGGCCGUUUAAGUCGUUUCAGCUGAAGUCUAGGGAGGAGUAAUAACCAGCAGUAUGUAGAGAGUCCAGUCCUAACAGAUGGGUACGACAUAGUUUUAUAAAUAAUCUUAAGUUUCUUUUUUUUACAUACACAAAUACAAUUAAAUUGAGGCAUUCGUUUAAAAAAAAAGAAAACAAACAAUUUUAUAUAAAACUUGGUUUUCGCAAGAAAAAGAAGAAAAAAAAAAAAAAAAAAACAAAAGAAAAGAAAAUUCGGCAGGCAGCUGCAUUACAACAAUUAUACCUAUUGUUUUUAUAAAAACAAACCUAAUUUUAAAUUCUACAUUUUUCUUUUGUUUUCCUUUUUUUAUUUUUUUGUCUUUUAAGGGGAGGGAAAGGAGAAGACUCUUGAGUAGUAUUCCAAUUUAUAAAUAAAAUUUAAAAUAAAUUAAAAAUUUACUGUUAAAAUAUAUAAAUAAAUUAAUAAAAAUCUAAGCCAUUCUUUAGAAAAAAUACAAAAACAAAACAAACUUAUCAAAACAAAAAAGAAAAAUUGACAAGAUCAAGGCAACAACAAAUCUGCAAACAAAAAAAAAAUACCGUUAUUCUCUCAAAAAUGCAAAAAGAAGAAGAAGCAAAAAAAAAAUGUCGGAAAAGCUUCAAUAAUUCAAAUUAGAGUAGUAGUGGCUA